CUUCUGCGGGCGGCGGCGGUACCCGCGGGACCCGAAGCCUGCUCCAUUUUCUGCGGAUGGUGGGCCAGCUCAAGGAUUUCUGGUUUGGAGAAAAAGAUGAUUCUCCUUGAAGCAGAGACUGGAAGAGAAUGGUCUUUAACACUAGAGUACCUCGGACAGGCUGGGUAUACAGAAAUGUUGAGAAGCCAGAAAGUGUAUCAGAUCAUAUGUACAGAAUGGCUAUCAUGGCUUUUGUAACUGAAGAUAAACAUCUUAAUAAAGACAGGUGUGUCCGGCUUGCCUUGGUUCAUGAUAUGGCAGAGUGCAUCGUUGGUGAUAUUGCCCCUGCAGAUAACAUCCCUAAAGAAGAAAAACACAGGCGAGAGGAGGAAGCCAUGAAGGAGUUAACUCAGUUGCUAUCAGAAGACAUCAAGAAGGAAAUCUAUGACCUCUGGGAAGAGUACGAGAACCAGUCCAGUGAAGAAGCCAAGUUUGUGAAACAGCUGGACCUGUGUGAAAUGAUUCUCCAGGCCUCCGAGUAUGAGGACCUGGAGAAUAAGCCUGGGAGGCUUCAGGAAUUCUAUGACUCAACUGCAGGAAAAUUCAGCCAUCCUGAAAUAGUCCAGCUUGUUUCUGAACUUAUAGCACAAAGAAAUGCUAAAAUCACUGCAGGAAAAAGUGAACCUCAUCCAUGAGAUGCCACAUACAAUUGUCAUCUCCCCUUUAAAGACCUCACACCCUUCCUGAGAACUCAUUAAGGAAUCCAGGCUCCACUGUGGGGAUGGAGAAGCAGGCUAACUUCUCCAUACUUCAGGGAUACUGGAGCCAUAGAAGGAGAAAAUCUCCAACCAGGAUCCCAGGCUAACAACUUCAGAUUCUACUUAACUCUAUGGGCCUUUUGGGCACAUACCCACUUAGCCCAGGGGGAUAAUCCAACACUGAAACAUUUAUUUCAGUAUGAUAAGGGAGUGCUGGGCUUGAAGUCAGGAAGGCCUAAGUAUAAAUCCUGCCUCAGACACUCUCAGAACUUCCAUUUUCUCAUCUAUAAAUGGAGAUAAUAUCCAUCUGUCUCAAAAGAAUAGUUGUGAAGAUCUAAUGACAACAUGGAAAAUCUUAAAGUGUUUUAUAAAUGCUAGCAAGAAUUAUCAUGAAGAUAAACUUAAGGAGAAUG